AGAAAGCCAGCGGAGCAGUGAGAGUGGGCGUGUUGGAGAAACUCCUGCUGAAAAGACUCAAAUUGGCUGCAGAGAAACCGAGAAGGAUUCAUGCAUUUAGAAAUGGUGACCAGAUAACUGCCAAACUAACAGAUCUGCGAAGACUCCUUAAAGAGAGAGCAAGAGAGGAAAGGGAGAGCGCCAGAAUACAAAGAGAGGAAAAAAGGAAAAGAAGAGGAGGGAACUGAUACUCCACUGUGAUCACAGUUGUGGACCAAGAUGGAGGUCUACACUGUAACAGUAGCAACUGGUACAUCAGAGUAUUCAGGCACCAACAAUUACAUCUAUGUGACCCUGGUGGGCGAGAAAGGAGAGAGUGAACGAACCGUGCUGGACAACCCUGGACUGGACUUCUGUCGAGGAGCAGUGGAUAAGUACAAGGUAACCAGUCCUUUACACCUAGGCUCCCUGCUACUGGUCAGACUGGAGAAACAGAAGUACUGGUUGGAAGACAACUGGUUCUGUCGCUACGUCACAGUGGAGCCUCCAGGUGGAGACAAGGUGCUGACGUUCCCUUGUUACCGCUGGCUUAUAGGAGACGUCACGGUGGAGAUAAGAGAAGGAACAGCAAAGACACAGAGGGACGACUCCUUACCUCAGCUACUGGAACACAGGAAGACAGAGCUGCAGGAGAGACAGAAGAUUUACAGAUGGGUAACCUGGGCUCCAGGGAUCCCCCGAUGCAUCGAUGCUGCAACAGAAGCUGAUUUACCCCAAGAUGUCCGCUUUGACAAUGAAAAGAGAAGCGACUUUGAACAUUCAUUAAAAUAUGCCUUGCUGGAGUUGUCUCUGAAGAAGCUGGCCAUCAGGUUUGGGAAGUCUUGGUGUGACCUCGAUGAUUUCAAACGGAUCUUUUGGAAGCUGCGAAGCCCCAUAGCUGAGUACUGUAUGGACCACUGGAAGGAGGACCGGUUCUUUGGCUACCAGUGUAUGAAUGGCUCCAACCCAAGAAUGGUCCAGAGGUGCACCAAGCUGCCAGAGAACUUCCCCGUUCUACCAAACAUGGUGCGGAGGUCCAUGGCUCCCAGGACCAACCUGGACAAAGAACUCAAAGCAGGGAACAUCUACCUGCUGGACUACUCCAUCAUGGAUGGGGUUCCCUGCAACACAAUCAACGGUAAACUUCAGUACAUCGCUGCUCCACUGUGUCUACUGUACCACCACCCAGAUGACGGACUCAUACCUAUUGCUAUACAGCUAGAUCAGACUCCCGGCCCGGACGCGCCCAUAUUCCUGCCCAGAGACCCUCCCCUGGCCUGGCAGCUGGCUAAGAUGUGGGUGCGUCACUCUGAGUUCCAGGUGUUCCAGGUGCUGUCUCACCUGCUCAGGACUCACCUGGUGGUGGAGGUUUUUUGUGUGGCUACUCUGAGACAGCUGCCCUCUGUGCACCCUAUACAUAAGCUCCUGGCCCCUCAUCUGCGCUACACUCUAGAGAUCAACUGCAGGGGGCGCAAUCAGCUUAUCUCACCUACUGGCAUCUUCAAAAGGGUGGUGUCUACAGGUGGUGAUGGCCUGUUGAUUCUGGCUCAGAAGGAGUACAAGGUGCUGACCUACCGCUCCCUCCAGCCUCACUUUGACUUCCUUGACAGAGGAGUGUCCCAGCUCCCAAACUAUUUCUACAGAGAACACAGUCUGAUGCUGUGGGAGGCCAUACUCCGUUUUGUCUCAGGUACGGUCAGCCUGUACUACCUGUCAGACCAAGAUGUGCAGGAGGACCUGGAGCUCCAAGCCUGGAUCAGAGAGAUAGUGCAGGAAGGCUUCACAGAUCUCCCCAAAUUUGGUCUGCCCAGUAAUCUCAGCACCAAAGAGGAACUCUCCACCCUGUUGACAAUGGUCAUCUUCACCUGUACAGCCCAACAUGCUGCAACUAACAACGGACAGUUUGAUUGGUGUGCCUGGGUCCCCAACACCCCCUGCACCAUGAGACACCCUCCACCAACAGACAAGGAUGCCGUUACCAUGGAGAUGAUCAUGGACACCCUUCCUGAUGUCAGUCAGUCGUGUGUGCAGAUGGCUAUCACCUGGCAUCUGGGCCGAGCACAACCAGACGCAAUUCCUUUGGGCCAAUACACAGAAGAGUAUUUCACAGAGGGGCGGGCCCAGGAGCUGAUUGACAAGUUCAGAACAGAGCUGAAGGAGAUUGAAGACCACAUUGUGAGACAGAGUGAAGGACAUGAACUAAAGUACCUUUUCCUCCUGCCCAGCCGCAUAGAAAACAGCAUCACCAUAUAGACAGACCAACAGAUUGCAUGCUUGCUUCACUUUGUACAGUAUGUGCUGCAGACAUGACACCUCUGUUGAUCAUUGGGGAAAUAAUUCUUAUUACAUCUACUGUGAGUUUUGAGUGAGUAUGUUUUUAAAAAAUAUACACUACUGGUCAAAAGUUUUAGAACACCCCAAUUUUUCCAGUUUUUUAUUGAAAUUCAAGCAGUUCAAGUCAAAUGAACAGCUUGAAAGGGUA